AUGGCUGUCCACGGCGGCGCCCAAAAAUCCUGCGGCGGCGAGUUCUCCUAUGGUUGCCCUGGCGUGGUGCGGUCCCUUUACCGCAUGCUUCUGCGGGAGGCUGUAAAGCUAGACAAUUCCGCAGUGUCAAAGACGCUCUUUCCGCUCACGAAGGAGCUGCAGGCGAUCACGAAAAGUCACGGGCCGCUGUAUGUCCCCAACGGUGUAAAGUACGUGGACGUUCUGCGCGAGGUGUUUCACGAUGCUCAGUCGCAGGCGAACGUGAAUUUGGCCUUUGACACCCUCACCCGCAUGCGGGCACACAACGCGAAGGUGACUGCCAACGUCCCCUUCUUUAUGAAGGACCACACCAAUCUCCUCAGCACGAUGGAGGCGUCGCGGCCCAAGACGGGCAGCUACCGCGCCGAGACUGCCGCGUGCGCCGUGCAGAAUGGGCCCAAGUACGCGCCCCUAGUUGGCUCAGCCUUUGCCGUCCCCACGAAGGUGGUGCUGCGGCAAACACGCACAGUUGACCUUGCCGAGGGGGCUGCCUUGGUCGCCCAUCCUCUCUCCUCAACGCAUGUGGAUCGUCGCGUAAUGUUGAUCACCGAACGCAAUCCGCAUGUCACCACCGCCGUUGUUUUAGAUAUGCUGUUUACUUACCCCCUGACUCGCGGAAAUCCCAUGUUCCCCGAGGUUUUUUGGGGCCAUGAGGUGCAUGAUGGUGGCUCUUCGCAAAUUGGAUUCACCAUGCCACCCACAGCGCAGAUCAGCAUCUUGCACACGACGGAGCCUCCGACGGGGCCCGCCUCCCCGCAGUAUUUGGCGUGGCUCAAGUGGAAGGAACGCAAGGCGAAAUUCAGGGCCGCCGAUACGCCCUCAGAACAUCACUCGCUCCUCUGUAAACCGUUGAUCCGCGGUGGGGUCUUGGAGGACGGCACGGUGGAGCCCACGCUGUACCUCUCCAAGGUGGAGGCGCUGCCCUACUUGGCCCAGCUCGUGCCAGGCAAGCCGCGGUCCUCCCUGCGGGUGUACUGGGGCAGCAUGCGGUGGCCGACGCAGCAGCUGGAGACAGAGGUUGCCAAUGCGCACUGGAUUCCAGUGAAGCUUUCUCCGUCGUUUUUUUGUCCCUUUCCACUGCAGUCGGAAUCGAGGAACGUGGACGAGCGGUUUCCAACGAAGGAGGAGCUGGAGGAGGCAAGAUCGAUGCGUGAGCGCCGCUACGGCGUGGAUGUGUCGCUGCCGCAGGUUUUUCCGCCAGAUCAAAUUAUGCGUCGACGCGAGUGUCUGUGGGAUCAAAUCAUGUACUGCCUUGGGGGCGAGUUCAGUGCCUUGGUGGGCUGCGUGAACCCGUUUUCGGGGACGGCGCGGGGAGUGCUGCCGCUGGAGGUCGCCGCGCCGUCCGUGAUGAGUGCCGCGCUCUCCGCCGAGGACGCGGGCGCCCUCGUCGCGGAGGAGGCGGAAGACGACGAAGACGACGACGGGAGCGACGAGAGCGACGAGGGCGACGACGAUUUUGCGGUGAGCGACGCGGCGGCGGCGGCGGCGGACGAUACGGCGACGGUGGGAGGCGACGGCGCCGCGGCCCCGCCCACGCCGCCGGAGGGUGGCGGCGCAGGCGGCGGCGACGAUAAGAAGAAGAACUAA